UCUACUUGCGAAGCAAACUUGCUGGGUGCUUAGCGAUCUACGCGACAAAUAACAGAAAGCUAUAGACAUGGGUUUUACCGACAAGUUAACUUAUAGGUGUCACGCUAAGAAUAUCAGCCCCGACGAUGAGUCGGACAAGGUUUAUAUGCGGAAGGAGCUGACUCUUCUCCGUGCCAUCGCACUGAGUGCGGGCUCCAUCAUUGGAUCGGGAAUAUUUGUGUCUCCGAAAGGAGUCCUGAUGCACGCCGGAUCAGUGGGAUUGUCGCUGAUAUUAUGGGUCGCCUGCGGUAUCUUCUCUGCGUUUGGGUCUCUAUCGUACGCUGAGAUCGGAGUAACCGUGCCAAAGUCUGGGGGAAUUUACUCUUACAUGCACGAAGCGUUUGGAUCCUUGAUUUCCUUCCUGUUUGUGUGGACAGAGUUGGUGCUCCGCCGGCCAACAUCGCAGUGUAUCGCCGCGUUAGCCACAGUCAAAUACCUCUUGGAGCCAAUAUUCGUAGGCUGUGACGUCUCACCAGCAACAACUCGUCUCCUUGCUUUGUUUGUGCUCAUUACACUCACCGCCAUCAACUGCUGGAGUGUGACCUGGGCAGCGCACAUUCAGAACUGGAUGUUUUAUAUCAAACUGGUGGCUCUUGGUGCCAUUAUCGUCAUGGGGUUCGUCGAGAUCAUCAAACGCAAAGGCGAUGUUCCAAAUUUUGAUUCUGCAUUCGAUGGUACUACAUCGUCAGUUGGGGAGAUAGGCCUUGCGAUGUAUUCUGGUCUCUUCGCAUAUGCCGGAGUCGAAGCCAUUAACUAUAGUGCCGAAGAAUUAAAAAAUGUUAAAAGGGAUCUUCCAAGGACGAUAUACAUUUCCAUAGCUAUCGUGACCACUGCGUAUACAUUAGCCAACAUUGCUUACUUCACGGUUCUUACAAAAGAAGAAGUAUUGACAAGCAAUGCUGUUGCUGCGGUAUUUGCGCAACGAACUAUGGGACCUAUAUCAAUCAUUAUGCCAAUAAUGGUAAUGUGUUCUGUGAUGGGAAGUCUCAACUCUAACAUAUUCACGGCAGGAAGGUUAUAUUUCGUGAGUGCUAGGGACGGAGGACACAUGCCUUCCGUCAUAGGAAUGCUCAGCGUUCAUCGCUACACGCCUUUCCCUGCAAUGAUACUCUGUUCUUUCAUCACAUCCGUAUACCUGUUGGUGUUCAGUGACGAUAUUUAUUCGCUGCUGGAUUACUAUGGAUUCUUCAGAUGGAUCGUAAGCAGUAGUGGCAUCGUUGCAUUGGUAUACUUGCGAUGGAAAAAACCAGAUCUACCUCGUCCACUCAGGUUUCCGAUGUGCGUGCACAUCGUUUUCCUUCUUGGCUGUGCUGCGUUGAUAAUUACACCUAUUUAUCUACAACCCGUGAAGUCACUGACUGCGGCCUGCCUCCUGUUAAGUGGAAUACCCGUAUACUUUCUGCUUAUAUAUCGAAAGAAGAAGCCAGAUUGCUGCCGAAGUCUCCUAGGUUCAAUCACAAGAUACCUCCAGCUGAUUAUGUUGGUAUCUCCUCAAGAUAAGAGCACAUACUGCAGUGUACUGGAAUGACAUCAGAGCUACUUGUUGGAACUGGACGCUGAAUGAAGAUUUCGUGAAGAUUUAUCGCGCCAUAAAAGCACGUUCCGUCGCAACACGCUCGAGGUUCUAUUUUUUUUUAAAUUCUGGCUAUUGUUGACCAUUCCCAAUUUAUAUCGCCUUAUUGCCGAGCUUACCUGAUGUUGUUAUGUGCUAUUGCGCCAUACCAAAGAGAUUUGCUGUUGUGUAGGAGUCGGAUGAUAUUGCAGAGGGUAAUUAAAUGAAUAAUUAUGAGGCUUGCUAUGCGUGGUCUACCUAUCAUAUUACCGAGAAAGCUGUCAAGCAUUAGAGAAAUAUUGUAAUUUCUUUAGAAAAGAGAAAUGAAGAAUAAUGUUUUUUUACUGUAGAUCAUUUACAGAGGUUUAUUACAGAGAAUUGUUAUAAAAUCGGAAGAUAUAUAGAAUUUUUGUUACCGUAACUUUUGUUAUAGAAUAUUUAUAGAAAUGUUCAGAGAGAAUUUGUAAUAUGUAGUAUAAAUAAUAUUUUAUAGAAAGUUGAUCACAACUUCUUUAGAACAUA